CGAGCAAGCGAGCCCUACACGCCGACUUGGCACGGCACAUGGAGAAGCCAAUUUAGCAGACGAAGGCACCACUGGCAAUGGGAAUCGCGACAAAAAAGUUGCGAGACCAAUCUAGUCCAUGGAAAACACAGCACAGGUGCUUUUUCGCGUCAAGAUGGUCGUGAACAGUUCGGAACAGUGAAAUACGGCUGCUGUUAUUUGCAGCCCCGCCGUGGUUCUGAAUCUGGUAUCCAUUUGACGACGUCAUUCCUGCGGCCACCAUCCAUAAGCCUUAAACGCGAAGACGACGCGUGUAGCUACCAGUCGACGCGAAGUUUUGGUCGCGACAAAGAACCCUGUGGCCGAUGCGAACGGAAACCAGGGCAUCAGAGGGACACGGUUAUUCGUUCGAGACAUCCAGCCUGUCGCGCGCACGGUGUCCUGAAGACAAAAAAUAAGAAACAGACAGAACCGCCCAGUAAGGACUGCCCUAACCUACCAGCUCCGUUAAUUGCUGGAAUAAGUUCCGACAUGAUGUCACCCAUUGAUCGGUAG